GUACAAACACUUCCAGAAAAUUCUAUAUAAGACUCAACACGUUCUAUCAACGUCUAAAACGAGAAAAUGAUAUCUACGUUUUCAUUUGGUCAGUUGGUAACGAUUUAUUCAAUCAUUGUCCAUACAUGGGAAUUUUUCGACUGUCAUGAAUUUUGUGAAAACGAUCAUUUACUUAGUCAAGGAAAAGUAAUUUUCCAAAGUGAUAUAUAUAAAUAUUCUCAUUAUUAUCACUAUUCCCAGUUCAUUCGUUCUAAUCAGCGCUCUCCAAUUGUUAGUGAAAAGUUUGAGAAAUUGGAUGAUGCGAAAGAAAUAAAUCUGAAAUUCCCUUUUACAUUGUACAGUGCUGAUCUCAACUCAGUAUAUAUAGAUGCUCACGGUCAAAUUUCUGUGGGAGGACAAGAUGUUUAUAGAGUAAUUGCAAAUUCUAUCUUCGGC